AUGGAAGACACACCGCUGAAUGCAGCACAUAGAUAUGCAACCGACGCGGAAGAGGCAGAGGAGAGGGAACAGUGGCAAAAUGCUAUGGAGGCACAUUAUCGUGCUGCUGAAAAAUUCUUAGAAGCCAUAGACUGUACAUCUGAUCAAGAGGCAGUGAAAACACUGAAACUUUUAUACGUUAAUCAUACAAGGCAGGGGAGAGACUUGGGGCGGCGCCUGCAAUCUUAUGCCUCCUCUUCCCGUUCAUAUACCGACUUUCCUACAUCGUCAAACACGUCCUCCUCAAACACAUCCUCACGCACCGCUCCAAACUUUCGUUCGUCUACAAAUUCCUCAAUAACAAAGCGUGGCUAUCUGUCUCCAAACCCUCCCCGCUCUGGCACUGGUCAAUCUACUUCCAAGCAUACUAGCGGCACCUUUCCUGGUCGUGAUAAUCACAAUUCUUCAGAUAAUAACCAUCGCGUCCCUUUCAAUCAAUCAGAUUCCUCACUACCUCGACAACCGCUGACGUCUCUGGAGAGCAGUACCACCUCCGACAAGAUUGAUGAGAGUUACAUGGUUCUGCGUCCUGCUAAUGAUAAUACAGAUGAGGAUGAUGCAGAUCCGUUCAAUAAAUUUUGGGAGAUUGUAGAAACGCUAGUGCAAAAAGUGUCAAACCCUGUUGCCUUUGCUACAGCGCCAUUGACGAGUAGCGAGAGUGUUGAGGAAAGAAGUGGUCUCUAUGGAAAAAUUGGUCUGGAUGCUGAUGGAGCAAUGGGAAGGAACGGUGAUGGCAGGAGAGCUGGCAAGGGUAGAGUUGAUAAGAGGAAUGAUAAUAGGAUCAACAAUGACGAUAGUCAAGCAGAUGAGCUUACAUCGCAAAUGUUGGAGUCAUUUUACAUAAUACCCGAACAGAAGUCAGGACGUUAUAAUAGUCAGCAGUCGACUUUGUCGAAUACAAGUAAAAUAGGUUAUGCAAAGACAAUUGAAGAAUAUGCAAUCGAAAAUAAGCAAUUGAAAACUAUAGUUGAUAACAUGUCAAAAAGAAUGAGUGCUUACGAAAAGGCGGCACAAGAGAAUAAUAUGUUGAAAUCAAGCAUUCUUCAGUUCAAGAAUGAUAUGCAAAAGCAGGCCAAGCGCAUCAAGGCGUCUCAAGAAAUACUGCGGGGUUCGGCUUCAGGCGCAUCAAAAACGUCUCCGAAAACAUCUCCAAAAACGUCUCCCGAAAACUCAACUGUUUCAACGACGGCGUUUCUACAAAGACGAAUAAAAGAACUUGAGGAUGAGUUACGAUCCGUCAAAGCUGAAAGCGAACGGCAGGCAGAAAAAAUGGCAAAAUAUCGUGCACGAUGGGAGACUCUUGUCGGUGAUGCUCGGAAACGACGUACUACCAAAAAUCCAGAGCGACGGUCAUCAUCGAGACAAUCGUCUGGAAAAUCGUCCGAACAACCGUCUGGAAAAUCGUCCGAACAACCGUCUGGACAACCAUCUGAACAACCGUCUAUGCAAUCUUCUGGACAAUCAUCUAAUACAAGUGGACACAGACAAGAUGAAUCAGAAUCCAGCAUCAAACCCACCGGUGCGAGCACGGAUAACAAGAUAAAUGGUGUUGAAAUGAGGGUUAGUGAGAUAUGUUAG